AAACUGACCAUCCAUCGCCCCAUUUUCCCAUACAUUUUCAAUCUAAACCCAGUAUCCCACUUCGCCGCCCCAAACCCUAACCACGACAAGGAAAUGGCGAGAACCAAGCAGACGGCCAGAAAAUCAACCGGCGGCAAGGCUCCGAGGAAGCAAUUGGCCACCAAGGCGGCCAGGAAAUCCGCUCCCGCCACCGGCGGUGUGAAGAAGCCCCACCGGUUUCGCCCUGGAACUGUCGCUCUCCGGGAGAUCCGGAAGUACCAGAAGAGCACGGAGCUUUUGAUCCGCAAGCUUCCGUUCCAGAGGCUGGUGAGGGAGAUCGCCCAGGAUUUCAAGACAGAUUUACGGUUCCAGAGCAGCGCCGUUUCAGCUUUGCAGGAGGCUGCGGAGGCAUACCUGGUUGGACUCUUCGAAGAUACUAAUUUGUGCGCAAUUCACGCCAAGAGGGUUACAAUCAUGCCAAAGGAUAUGCAGCUGGCAAGGAGAAUCAGAGGGGAGAGGGCUUAAUGUGGUCUUUGUGUGGGAAUGACUGAUUCUGUUCUUCAAUUAGAAUCUCAAUAUGAUAAUCUGAUGUUAGAAUGUUGGUUGUUGUUAGUACCUCAGUUACGGCGGUGAUUUGGACUUGGAAUGAGUUGCCGGAAAACUCGGAAAUGCUGUUAAAAUCGUUUUGAUUUUGCUGUGAUUUGAGGAGUAUCAUUUCUCCAUUUAAAGUUGCAAACCUUAUUUCAUAAAUGAAUUGUACUACAUUUGAAAUCGUUUUAAGGCUACUUUGGAACGGUUCGGUAAAUUUGUAAAAUUUGUAAUGUAUUCGUGAGGUUUUUAACGGUUCGGUAUUAUCCGAUUCCAAGGAUAGAACCGUUCGAUAUGAGGUCGUUUCGGAACGGUACAAAAUGGUAUGACACAAUGUAAACACAUCCUAAUUUUUUUGAACAAAUUUUAUAAUGAGUACAUAUCAUCACACUAACUAACU